AUGCCGAAUGACACUUCUGCAGAGAACUUUGUCUUGGUGGAUUUCUCUGCUCAGCCCCAGAUAGAGAAGAUCCUCUUCGUGGUUGUCUUGAUCUUCUACCUCCUAACCCUGGUGGGCAACACCGCCUGGAUCUCCGUCUCCAUGUACUUCUUCCUGUCUCACCUCUCCCUCGAGGACCACUGCUUCACCACUGACAUCGUCCCCCACUUCUAUGGAACCUCCGGGGGCCCUCCAAGACCAUCAUCGUGGUCGGUUGUGCGGUCCAGCUGUACGUCGUCCUGGUCCUGGGGUCGACGGAAUGCAUCCUUCUGGCCGUCAUGGUCUUGGACAGUCGCCGCCAUCUGCCUAACCCUUCACUACACCACCGCCAUGCACCCGUGGCUCUGCCAGGUCCUGGUGAGAUUACCCUGGAUGUGUGGGGUGGGGGACACCGCGAUUCAGGCCACCGUCAUCUUCCUCCUGCCCCGCUGUGGACACCAGCUACUUCCCCACUUCACCUGCGAGAUACCCGCCCUGCUCAAGCUGGCUUGUGUGGACGUCCGUGCCAAUGAGAUCCAGCUCUUCGUGGGCACUCUGGUCCUGAAUCUCCUGCCCUUGAGCAUGAUCACGGUCUCUUAUAGGUCCAUCGCCUGGGCCAUGCUGAGGAUCAAGUCGCCCCAGGGUUGGAGGAAGGCCCUGGGUACCUGCGGGUCCUACCUCCUGGUGGUCACUCUCUUCUACAGGUCCAUCAGGGCGGUCUACAUCUGGCCCAACAGCUCCUUCUCUGGGACUUUGGACAAGUUCCUCACCCUCUUCUACACCGUUAUCUGCUCUAAGGAAUACGUCGCCGUCGACGUGAGCGUCACCGCUGGGGUAGUUGCUUUCAUCUCGGCGGCGGAAUUUGCCUACAUCAAGUCGCCCUCGGACUCUUCUUCGAUCAUGGAUCUGCUGGAAAUAAUCCGGCCGUCGUCUGAGGGGACGGCGCAGCCAGCCGGAGAUCUGAGAGGGGGAGGAACUAUCCUGACAGAUCUCACCCUUCGCCCAGACCUUCCUGUCACUUCCACCCUCGUCUAG